GAAGAGAUAAAAGAAAACAAAUGAAAUUUUAGCAAAGAAAGAUUGGUUGAAAGUAAAAAAGGCUUUUUCCAUACAUUGUAGAGAAUACAAUUUUUCUGUGUUUUUAAGCAAAAAAAAAGUGAAAUUUUGAUUUGAUAUUCUGUGACUUAUUAAAUAUUUAUGUUUAUUGUGAUUCGCUAAAUUCGAGUCGAGAAACAACGGAUCUUAAUAUCAUUUAGGUCAACAAUAGAUCAUCAAAAACAAAUUUUUAAAAAUCAGUUAAUUCUUGUUUAACGUUCAAAGGAACAGCUGUCUAUCAAAAGAAUGUCGAAUCUAUAAAAAUGUGUGUCUCAAAAGGUUUUUAAUUUUUUCGUAUUUUUUGUAUGUUUUAAUACUUUUUAUAUAAUAUUUUAGUGUAGGAUCCUGCAGAUAUUGUUUUCAAUUCUUACAGUGCAUUCAUGUACACUGUGAUAUAAACAAAUAGACAAUUUCACAUUCUAAUACGAAUAAAGACAAAAGAAAUUUUGUUAAAUAUGACGUGGAUCAGGUUUUUCAUUCGUGAAAUUAAUGCAUGCUUGCACUUAGCAAUGCAAAAUCAUGCAAGAUCAAUCAAAGGUUGUUCAACAGAAUACAAUGAAAUAAGGAACAUUAAUAACGAACUACAACACGCGCGAUCAACUAAGGAUAUUCCUGGUCCGAAAGCAUUACCUUUGUUUGGCAACUGGUUCAGAUUUAUGCCAUAUGGGGAAUACUAUAAUGUGAAUGUUCUGACGAUGAUGAGGAUGCUGCGUGACAAAUACGGUAAAAUCGUGAAACUUGACGGCAUAAUAAACAAACCACCGCAUAUCUUCUUACUCUGCCCAGAUUUGUGCAAGGAUAUGUACAAGUUGCAAGGUAAAUGGCCAACACGAAUUUCUCUGGAACCCAUGCAUUACUAUCGCAUGAGUAGAGAACACAUCUACAACGGACAGUACGGUCUAGUAACAAGUUCAGUUAAUAUUUAUUUAAUGNNNNCGAAUUUUAUUAAUAUGCAUGUCACGCAAAUUCACGAUGUAGUUGACGAGUUCAUAGAGAUACGAGGAUUGAAAGAUCCUAAAACCUUGGAAUUGCCAAGUGACUUUAUGAACGAAAUAUAUAAGUUCAGCUUAGAAUCGAUGUGUCUAAUUGCGUUGGAUUGUCGAAUGGGGUGCUUAGGGUCUAAUCUUAGCAUGAACUCAGAGUCGCAAAUAAUGAUUAAUUGCGUACAAGAAUCAUUUGAACUCAUGUAUCGAUUGGAAAAUCAGCCAUCUCUAUGGAAAGUGUACAAUACAAAAGAUCUUAAGAAGUUGUUCCAUAUAUUUGAUACAAUUAACGACAUUUCUACGAAACAUAUCGAAUACGCUAAGAUGAAACUUUCGAAGACAACAGACAUUACGAAUCUGGAAAAGCGUAGUGUACUGGAGAAACUCUUAUGUAUUGAUAAACAGAUAGCCCAUACAAUAGCAUUGGAUCUUAUAGCUAGCACAGAUACGACUAGUAAUGCGGCUGGCGCUUUACUAUAUCACAUCGCAAACAAUAUGGAAAAACAAGAAAAAUUGCGAAAAGAAGUAAUGUCAGUGUUACCCGACAAAACAACGCCUGUUACAGUUGACAUCCUGAGUCGUAUACCAUAUGUCAAAGCUUGCAUUAAAGAAUCUAUGCGAUUGUUUCCUAUUGCUAGUGGUGUUUCAAGAACUAUGCAAAGAGAUGUUUGCAUAGGAGGAUACAUUAUACCGAAAGGAACAAAUGUUACAGCUUGUCACUCAGUACUUUCGAUGAAUCCUAUAUAUUUUCCACGACCACAAGAAUUUAUACCCGAAAGAUGGUUGCGAGAUACUCCCGAAUAUUCAUUAUACAAAAAGACGCAUCCCUUUGUGUACAUGCCUUUUGGUUACGGUGUUCGUAUGUGUAUUGGACAAAAAUUUGCCGAGAUGGAGCUCCAGACAUUACUCUUAAAAAUGAUACGCAAUUUUCGGAUUGAAUGGCAUCAUGGACCGCUCAAGUACAAGAGCCAAAUUGUAAAUACAGUGUCAUCACCGUUGCUAUUCAAGCUCAUUGAUUUAUAGAUUAUUUAAAAUUUUUUUAUAAAGCAAUUAUUGUUUCUGUUUUGCGAAGAAUUUCAUAAAAUCUUGUAUUAUACGUAACAUAUUUAAGUGUUAAUAAUAUAAAAUGACUUAUUAUUUGACAUUGAUAACACUUAUUAUACACUUUUUAUACACACUGACGAUUAUUUUAUAUCGAAUGUUUUUAAAUAUUUUU